AUGCGAUACUCCAUCGUUGCCCCGGCUAUUCUCGCCGGCACCGCCUUUGCGUGGCUUCCUCAAGACCGCGACCUGGCAGCCUUCAACCAGACCGCUCGUUUUGAGCAGCUUGGCAAGCGUUUUGAGCCUUCACUUGCGUCUGGUAUCACCAAGAUCCGUGGUGUCAACUUCGGUGGAUGGCUUAUUUGCGAACCAUGGAUGAUGUCUAAUGAGUGGAACAAUGUUAUGGGUUGCAAUGGUGCUGCAUCUGAGUUCGACUGCAUGCUUCAACAUUAUAUGGGCAACAAUCGUGCGCUCGGAAACCAGAAGUUCCAGAACCACUGGAGAGACUGGAUCAACCCCGCCACCGUUCAGUCCGUUCAUGAUGUCGGCUUGAACACCAUCCGUAUUCCCAUCGGCUACUGGUCCUACACAGCCAUUGUCGACACAGCGAGCGAGCCAUUUGCCGAUGGCAACCUCAUGCUCCCGUACCUUGACGCGGUUGUCCAGAAGGCUGCUGAUCUCGGGAUCUACGUCAUCAUUGAUCUCCAUGGCGCUCCUGGUGGUCAGCAACAGGAUGUCUUCACUGGCCAGAACCCCAAGCCCGCGGGUUUCUAUAACUCAUACGACUAUGGCCGUGCCGAGAAGUGGUUGUCUUGGAUGACAAACCGUAUCCAUACUAACCCUGCAUACAAAACUGUUGGUAUGAUUGAGGUUCUCAACGAGCCUGUCUCUAGACACGACGGGGGUGGUCGCUACCCUGCUCCUGGCCAAGACCCAAGUCUAGUGCAAACCUACUACCCAGGCGCUCUCAAGGCUGUCCGUGAUGCUGAGGCUGCGCUGAAUGUUCCCAGCAACAAGAAGCUGCACGUACAAUUCAUGUCCAGCAAGUGGGAUUCUGGUGAUGCUCGCACCAACGCAGCAGUCGCAAACGACCCCAUGACUGGAUUCGAUGAUCACAACUAUAUUGGUUUUGCUCUCAGUAACACCGGUGAUCAAUACUCGCUGAUGCACAGUGCAUGCACUGACUCAAGAGUUGUGAACGGCCAGAACUUCGCCAUUACAGGCGAGUGGAGCAUGACUUCUGGUGCUGAUUGGCACGACGCAAACUUCUUCAAGAAAUUCUUUACAGCUCAGCAGCAGUUGUAUGAGUCUCCUGGAAUGGACGGAUGGAUCUACUGGACCUGGAAGACCGAGUUGAAUGACCCUCGAUGGACCUACUCCUAUGCUACCUACCUCAACUACAUCCCAACGAACGCCGCUGCCCUGCAGCAGAACGUUUACCAGGAUGUUUGCUCCGGAUAUAGGUAA